AUGAGGACUCGUGUGCGGUUGUUCGCUGAAGGCGUGGUGAAGAUGGUAUCCCCGGUUCUUCUUGCGCUAGCGCUGAGGAAGGUUGAUUUGAAGGGCGAGGGGACUCUGUUCGUGUUCGUGCAAAGAAGUAUUUCCCCGAUCGCAGCGGUUACAAUGGCAUUCGGCAUCCUGCUAAUGGUCCUGAUCUGGCUCUGCUUAUCAAAGAUUUUCGCUAGAGUCGAGUGGCUCCAAGAUGCUGCCUCCAAGCUGCUGGUCCUCAUCUGCGCUAUCCUGCUCAUGUGGCUCGCAUAUUUCAUUCUGCUCCUUAUCAGCAUGGACUAUAAGGUCUACAUCGCCAUUGUGAUUCCAUCGGUUGGUUUCAUCACGUACUGCUACAUCUGCAGCCUGCGAGGUGAGACCGACGACGGUGUCCGUGACAGAGCUAUUAGUAGUGAUGAUGGUGGUGCCCAGGCAGACUACGAGCGGGAGCUGGAGAGGUCGGUGGACUUCUUUGCCGCCUUCACGGUCCUUCUAUUCCUGGGGCUCGAACGCCUGGCCUUGGAGUUGCAUCUGAACAGCAACCACGAGGGUCACGAUCACCUCGAGUCCACCCUCGUCGUGAGUUUUUGGACCUGCGUGUUGGGCGUGGCCAUCAUGUUCGUUUGGACGGUUCCGCCCUCACCCUCAGUCAGUAAUGACGAGCGGAGCGAUCAAAUGCGUCGGCGCAUCGAGGCAUCUAACAUGGUACUGGCCCUGCUUAUUGCCGCCAUAGUGCUCUGCAUUACAUGGGCGCCACUCGACGCGUACGCUCUGCUGGUGAUCGUUCCGCCACUAGUCUCAUUUUUUAUUGGGAUAUACGAACACUUAGAUGAGGCGCAGGACAAGCUCAACCGGAUCAAUCCGACGACAUCACCGGGGAGCCAUGACGUGGUCAUCGAGAUGCAAGAGCAGCAGCAAAGUAAGCAACCGGAGGGGGAAUCGCAAUCACAAUCACCUAGUAGUAGCCAGACUGAGAACCAGUGGAUGAAUACGACAUCAUCGUUACCUCCUGCUCCUGACGACGACAGCGAGCCGAUGAAUAGGACACCAUCGUCACCUCCUGACGCCGACAGCGAGCCGAUGAAUACGACAUCAUCGUCACCUCCUGACGACAGCGAGGUUAAGCCGCCUCCUCCACUUGAGCUGAUGAAGUUCUCGUUUGCAGGGUUCUUAACUGUAUCAAUCCCAAGCAUACGCGAUUGCUCGCUGACCAGCAGCUGGACACAGGCUUUCAUACUCUUCACUGCGAUUUCUGUCGUCUCAGCGCUACAAUGGAGGCUACUGUCCCACAGAGCUGAAACACCGCGAGCAGUAGUUCUAGCUGCCAACGUUGCUUCCUUUUUUACCCAUGUUUUUGCGGUAGCAGCGUUGGUUCCGUUUGCAGUAAUGGCAGAUAUGAACGCACGACUUGUGGUUCCCGACUGUCGUGGCUAA